AUGGACAACUAUUACUCUUCAGCAUCCAUGGCUAUGGACGCGAGCCAUGAGCAAAAGUUCUUCAAGGCAGAGGAGACCAACGGCCUAGAUGACAGCCUUCUUGAUCACAGCGGCAUUGACUCAGGCUUGGAACUUUCCCCUCCUAUGGACAACAGGCGAGAGUCAUUCGGCAUCGGAGGACCUCUCUUCUCUCCCAAGACGGAAGAUUGGCACUCUGUCGACAUGCAGUCGCUGCCUUCCAACAACCCCUUCUUCGAGCCGCAUAGCACAAACCCCUACAUGCGCUUCGACCAGCCCUCUGGCAACCCUUUCAUCUCUUCGGGCAAUCCCUGGGCCAUGAACGGAGGCUCCGGAGCAGCCACGCCUUUCCAGCGCUUCAGUGGUAUGGCGACGGAUUUUGAUGCCAACACUUCCAUUUUCCAGCAGCCCAUCCACGCUCCCACUCCUUUCCCCACCUCAGGCAACAUGUUCGCCGGUCUGGCGGACAGCCAGGCCAUGCAAGACGCCAAGAAGAUGCGACCUAGCAGCCCCUCCAUCCGAUCGCACAAUGAUCUGCGACGCGGCGAUGGCAUUCGCAAGAAGAAUGCUCGCUUUGAGAUCCCCGCUGAGCGGAACUUGAGCAACAUCGACCAGUUGAUUUCCCAGUCGACGGAUGAGCAGGAGAUUAAGGAACUCAAGCAACAGAAGCGACUGCUGCGAAACCGACAGGCAGCUCUCGACUCUCGGCAGCGCAAGAAGCAGCACACUGAGCGCUUGGAAGAUGAGAAGAAGCAAUUCACCGUCGUCAUCACUGACAUGGAAGAGGAGCUGGCUAGCCUCAAGACCAAGGUGGAGCAGCUCAUGCUCGAGAAGCAGCAGUGCGUCGAUUACAUCGAGACCCUCACCCUUGAGAAGGACGAGAUGAUCCGCACUCACACUAUCGAGACUGGUGAGCUGAGGAAAAAGGUGGGUGUCCUGACCGACCAUGUCCAGCGCCUGGAGAGCAGCAUUCCCCCCAACGCUGCCGCCAACGGCUUCUCCGGUGCCUACGACGACAUGGACGAUGCCAUGGAUUUGGCCGGUGCUUGGGAUAAUGGCUUCCUCAACGACUUUGAUGAGGUCAAGCCGCCCAUGACUGUUGCCCCUGUCAAGAAGGACACCAACCCCUUCACCUCCGGCUCUGAGAAGAGCUCCUCCCAGGGUGGCUUGUUGUUCAUGCUUUUCCUUGUUGGCGCCUUUGUCAUGUCUAGCCGCUCGAUGCCCUCCAUCCCCCGCGUGUCGGAGGAUGUCCGAGUUGCAUCGGCGACUCUUCUCGACAACGUCCUCAAGGACGCCGGCGUCGACCCCUCGACUGGCACGCACGCCAUCGCUCCUCAGCCUUCCGGCGUCUCUUGGGGACAGCCCGUUAGCGCUAGUGUUAUGGCCGGCAUGGCUGCUGAUGGCGUUGUUGCGCCGUCCAUGCUUGUAGAGCUCGGUGAUAGCCUCAUCCAGCCCUCGCAACAGCAGACCAACGAGCAGAUCUUCUCCCUCUCUGCCGCCCAGUACAACGGAGUCAGCGACCACGACUUCCUCCGCGAUGCCGCCGGUAGAAUGCCCACCAAGGCUCGCAAGAACCUGGCUCAGUCUCUUGCUGAGAUGCGGGACGCCGCCAAGCAGUCCGGUGCCGCCGAGGUGUACACUCGCACUCUCCUCUGGGAUCAGAUCCCCAACGAUGUGGUCCGAAACUUUGCCAGAAUGGUUGUAGAGUGCAACGGCGCUCAAAAUUCGCAGCAAUGCAACGAAGCGAGAUCAUGA